AUGGCUCUGCCUGCGGUAAAGGGAAGGAGUUGGCUACGCGUCCGCGGGGGCAGGGACGAACCGCGAUUGGCCAAGCUGCCAAGGGAGGGUUGUGCAGAUCCAGCGCACACUGCGGGUGGGAAGCUACAGUCCAGCUCAGCCCCUCCAGCUGCUGUCUCUACUUUCUCUGCGACUUAGGAGGGGGGCGAGCGCGCGGAGCUGAGGAGGAUGCAGCACCUGCUGUGGCCUAGGGGCUCCGGGGGGUUCUGGCUGCUCCUCUGCUUCCUGCUGCUGAACAGCCGCCCAGGGGGCUGCAGCGACAUUAGUGGCCACGAUGGUCAGGGCCAAGUGGGAAUGGGGCAGCUCUGGCCCCUCCAAGGAUUUGCCAGUCCAGUUUUCCAGCACUUACAAGCUGUAUUCCAGCAGAUUGUGCCCCAAGGUUUGUUCUGGAGGAAUGACAUUACCCAGAAGCACAUCAGCAGAUUCCACCCCCAAGAUCCAUGUCUGAGGCAUGGGCAGGCAGCUUUUCCCACCAAAACCACUGGGAUAAGCCCAAUGGCCAAAGUGAACAGGGAGCAAUGCUUUACCUCCAAAGUGGAUUUGAAGACCCUCAAUGAGAGGGGACCGACCCUGUCAAGAAACACCUGUGGGCAUCUGUAUGAGAGGUUGGGAGGGUAUCAGUAUGAGAGGUUAGGAGGGCAGACGCUGGGAGCCUCUAAGGAUGAGAUGAUCUAA